CUCGACCCGAUUGGUCGGUCUUCUACCUACCUAUUCGUACUACCUACUGUAGCUGAUUAUUGUGAUUAUAGUUCAGUCAGUCAGUGCAUGUUUAAAUAAGAUUUGAUGAACUCGCAUGGUGUGCAAAUUGUUAUGUAUGAUAUUUAGAUAAUAACCUAAUAGCAACAUUGUAAUAUAAAACCAUAUGCUUGAAUCAAAUGAUCUCAUACGAGGCCGGAGCGUCGUGAGCUCGGGACGGUCGGUGUAGUGCAAGUUAUCUCAGUUUCAAUAAAUAGUACCUACUAAAGCUUAUCGCUUCGGAAGCGGGAACUCGUAUCUGGAACAAGAGGAACGUUAAACGAGUGUUUAUUUAGCCGCAUUUUGUUUAACGACCAGUAUUUUAGGCGCAUGUCGACGGAAGCACAGUGAACUCUGACUAGUCGUCAUGCACCGAACUGAGAGAAUAGUAAUGUUCUUGCAAGCUUUAAGUUUUCUACUACUGCUUAGUGGUCUGGUUGAAGGACGAGAUGAUGUAAAAGUUUUAACCGUUGCCACUGAUGAGAAUCAUGGUUUGGAGAGGUUCCUCAGGUCAGCUAAAGUGUAUGGAAUUGAUGUUGAGGUUCUUGGCAGAGGUACAAAAUGGACGGGAGGUGACAUGAAUUUACCUGGAGGAGGGCAAAAGAUUAAUUUGCUCAAAGAAAAGUUGGAAGAGAUGUCAAAGUCUGGAACAAAGGAAAAAAUUAUUCUAUUUACUGACAGCUAUGAUGUGUUAUUCCUCGCAAGUAUUGAUGAUAUUUUGAAAAAGUUCCAAUCAUUCCCUGAAACUCGGGUGUUAUUUGCUGCAGAACAAUUUUGCUGGCCAGAUACUAAACUGGCAUCACAAUAUCCAAACAUAGAAGUAGCCAAUCCAUAUUUAAACUCCGGUGGAUUCAUAGGUUACUUGCCUGAGAUACAUGAAAUAGUCAAUCAUAAACCAGUCAGUGAUAAAGAUGAUGACCAGUUGUAUUACACAAAGAUUUAUUUAGACAAGAAUUUAAGGGAAACACUCAAGAUUAAGCUGGAUCACAACUCAGCUAUAUUCCAAAAUUUGAAUGGAGCUUUAUCUGAUGUUCAAUUAAAAUCGAAUACAAGUACAGAAACUUGGCCCUACAUAGAGAAUGUUGUUACCAAACAGCGACCACUUAUAGUUCAUGGAAACGGUCCAUCCAAGCUGAUGUUAAAUCAUUUUGGUAACUAUUUAGCCAAAGCAUGGUCCGCUUCAGAGGGCUGUGCUCUAUGUGAUGAAAAAAGAAUUAAACUUGAGGAGGAUAACCUACCAACAGUGAUGAUGGCAGUAUUUAUAGAACAACCAACACCAUUUUUGGAAGAAUUUUUAGAUCAAGUACUCACAACUGAUUAUCCAAAGGAGAAGAUUCAUUUACUGCUGAGAAAUAAUGUGGAGUAUCAUGAGACUGAAGUUGAUGAUUUCUUCCAAGCUCAUUCCAAGCAGUAUGCUACUGCUAAACGUAUCAAACCCAGUGAUUUCAUCUCUGAGUCAGAAGCUAGGAAUAUUGCCAAGGAUCGUUGCAUAAACAGUGCAUGCGACUAUUUGUUCUCAAUAGACAGUGUGGCCCGUUUGGAAGCAAACACGUUGCGUCAUCUUUUAUCUUCGGGUUAUGACGUAAUCGCUCCGUUGCUAGUUCGGCCUGGGCUUGCAUGGUCCAACUUCUGGGGUGCUGUAAACAAUGCCGGCUUUUAUGCUAGAUCUUCUGACUACAUGGACAUCGUCUAUCAAAACAUCAAAGGCGUGUGGAACGUGCCUUUCAUCACGAACUGCUACCUGGCCAAGAUGUCUCUGUUCAGGCUGCCAGCUACCAAGUCGGUUACUUACACUAGAGACGGAAUCGAUCCCGAUAUGGCAUUUUGCGCUAGUCUAAGAGAAGCUGGUGUAUAUAUGCACGUUAGCAAUGAAUUAGAUUUUGGACAUUUGGUCAAUCCAGAGACGUAUGAUAUUAGCCGCACGAACCCAGACAUGUAUCAGCUUUUUGAAAAUAAAAUGGAAUGGACUACGCGCUAUUUACACGAAGAUUAUCAUCUAAACUUCGAUGAAGAUAGGAAACAUUUGAUGCCGUGUCCUGACGUAUACUGGUUCCCAUUAAUGUCCAAAAGGUUCUGUUCAGAAUGGAUUGAAAUUAUGGAGGCGUUUGGCCAAUGGAGUGACGGAUCCAACAAUGAUAAACGUCUCGAGAGCGGAUACGAAGCAGUACCUACUCGCGACAUCCACAUGAAUCAAGUUGGCUUGGAGAAACAUUGGCUUCACAUUUUGAAGGAAUUUGUGCGGCCACUUCAAGAGAUGGUAUUUACCGGAUAUUAUCACAAUCCCCCGGUAUCCAUAAUGAACUUCGUCGUGCGCUACAGACCAGAUGAACAGCCGUCACUUCGUCCACACCACGAUUCCUCCACGUACACCAUUAACUUAGCGCUCAACACUCCCAAUGUUGACUUCGAAGGAGGCGGCUGUCGUUUCAUUCGGUACAAUUGUUCAGUUCGCGACACCAAGCUUGGAUGGCUAUUGAUGCACCCUGGCCGUCUGACGCAUUACCACGAAGGCUUACUUGUCACCAAGGGCACAAGAUACAUUAUGAUCUCUUUCGUAGAUCCGUGAACUACACAUAAGAAAACAUUGAAUUCAAAUAAUUAAUUGUCAACGAUCAAUUCGAGUUAAUAGUACCUAAGUUAAAAGUAGUUUGUUACUUCGGAAGGUGUAUUCAUAUAAUAUUUACUUUUAUAUUUUUGCGAGACAUUUUCGUACAAAUACAUUGCAGUAAUGAUGCAUUGCUUAAAUCUAGCACAGAAUCUCAUGUCGAUUUAGAAAUGUUUUUCUUGUAAAUACGAUUUAAUUUUGUACUGGUUGUCUUUUUUUAUGAAUUUAUAUACUAAUGUUUAUUUUUUAUAUUGUAUUGUUAUUCAUUAUGCUAAUAUAAUUUUGCCGAUAGUAUUAAUGCAACAACAAACAAUACAUUAACCAAAGAUUCAUAGUGUAAGUGCAAAUGUUAACGUCAAACUAUGAAUGAUACAAAAUGCAAGUAAAUUUAUAUACUUACUUAUAAUUUGG